AUGUCUCACACCCAACCCUCUCCAACCGCCGGGGUCGCUCAGCACCACGCGCACAUGGCGGCUGCGGCGCACCCUCAAGUCAAUGGCCAUAUUCCCGCAAUCCCCGCACAAGGUCAAAAGGCAGUAUCCCUCACCACUGCCCAGAAGAUUACUGCGCUCAAUGAGCAAGUGUGGUUACAAAUUGGAAGCUUGACCGAAUUGAUGGGCGAUCUGGAUGGCUCAAUGAACGCGUACGAGCAGGCUUUGCGUCACAACCAAUGGUCUGUCCCGGCAAUGAAUGCCAUCGCCUGCAUUCUCCGCACCAAGGAACAAUUCCCCAAGGCGAUCGAAUACCUUCAAAACAUCUUGAAGCUAGACCCGUCUAGCGGUGAGACCUGGGGUAGCUUGGGACAUUGCCACUUGAUGAUGGAUAAUUUACAGGAGGCAUACACCUCUUACCAGCAGGCUCUUUACCAUCUACGUGAUCCUAAGGAACCGAAACUGUGGUACGGAAUUGGAAUACUCUAUGAUCGGUAUGGGUCUCUGGAUCACGCCGAAGAGGCUUUCUCCCAGGUCAUGCGCAUGGCGCCUGAAUUUGAGAAGGCCAAUGAGAUUUACUUCCGUCUUGGUAUAAUCUACAAGCAACAGCAGAAGUUCAGCCAGAGUCUAGAGUGCUUCAAAUACAUUGUCAAUGACCCGCCUCGUCCUUUAACUGAGGAGGAUAUCUGGUUCCAAAUUGGCCAUGUUCACGAACAACAGAAAGAUUUCGAUUCCGCCCAGGCUGCUUACCGCCGUGUGCUUGAACGAGACCCCAACCACGCCAAGGUCCUUCAGCAGCUCGGUUGGCUGUACCACCAACAGAGCACUAGUUACCAGAGCCAGGACAAGGCCAUUGAGUUCUUGGAGAAGUCUGUCAGCGCAGACAACACUGAUGCUCAAAGCUGGUACUUGCUCGGUCGCUGCUACAUGUCGCAGGCCAAAUACCCCAAGGCUUAUGAAGCCUAUCAGCAGGCCGUUUACCGUGACGGUCGCAACCCCACCUUCUGGUGCUCUAUCGGUGUCCUUUACUACCAGAUCAACCAGUACCGUGAUGCCCUCGAUGCCUAUUCUCGUGCCAUCCGCCUGAACCCAUACAUCUCUGAGGUUUGGUACGAUCUGGGUACUCUCUAUGAGUCGUGCAACAACCAGAUUGCUGACGCUCUUGAUGCCUAUGGUCGUGCUGCCGACCUUGAUCCAAGCAAUGUUCAUAUUAAGGCUCGCUUGCAGCUUCUUCAGAGUCAGAUGUCUGGCUCCACUCAGCAAGGUAGCGCUCCUGCACCGCAGCCACAGGACGUUCACCCUCAGGCUUACCAGCCCGGUGUUGGUGCGCCCCCAGCUCCCCAGUGGGGUGCUCCAGCUCCAGUUGGGCCACCACCCCAAGCUCCCGCUCCCCCUCGUCAUGUUGCGGAUUGGAACCGAAGCAUCAAUGAUCUGCAAUCUCAAGGGCCCGCUCCAACUGCUGCUCUCCCCGGUCCCCCUCCUGCCAAUGGUGUUGAUGCUCGUGAUAUCCCUCGUCUCCCUGGCGUGGCCCCCCAGGCAAGUCCUCGUCAAGAGCCAGGCCGUUCCUUCCCUGAGCCUAUUCGUGGACCUCCCCCCGGGCCGUUCGCCAAAGCUUGGGGGUCCAGUGGCGGUGCUGGUUUCAACCCUGCUCCCCGUGGUCCUCUACCUCCCACUCCUGGUGGUGCUCCUCCUCCUCCUCCGCCCGGUCCCGCUGGCGGAGCUCCCGGUCCCGCUGGCGGCCCUCUUCCCCCUUACCAUAGCUCUUUUAGCCCUCGCCCUGAAAUGCCUCCUAUCCGCAAUGAGCCUCCUUCCUCUCCUGACUCAAGAUAUCCUCACCAGCAGUACCAUCCUGGUCCGGCUGCUCCCCCCGGCAUCGCUUCUGGUGCCCCUGUACCCCCUACUGCUGAGGCUGCGGCUCAGGCUGCAGCUCACCCUGGUCGUGAAGUUCGUGAGGUCCGUGAGCGGGACCGUCGGGACAGCCCCUCUGCUACCAGGUCUCCUGGCGUCCAGCCGCGUGGCAUCUCUGAGGACCAUGGUGAGGAUCGUGUUCCGAAGGGCUCUUAUCUCCCUUCUGGAGCUGCUCACGGCCUUUCUAAUCCCGCUCCACACUCUACUACUCUGCCUGCCAUUAAUGCACCACCUCAAGCAGCUGGUGGCCAAACUCUGCCUCCUAUGGAAUCCGAGUCUCCCUCCAAUGGACCUCUUCCAACCCCUUCAUCGGCUAACCUUCCGGCCGAUCCGGCCAAUAAGGAUGGAAGUCCUGAACCUCGUGCAGCUCGUGAUACGAGCAAGAUAAAUGAAAAUUACGACGAUGAUGGACUCGAUAAGGAAGCCGAUUCUCCGGUCAAGCGAAGCCCUAAUGGCAGUGCUACUGGUCUUGCUCAGGUCAAAGAGGUUGCUGGCAAUGGCCGCCCAGACACUCCAACAAAAAUCGAAUCCUCGUAA